AUGAAGAAGUUUUUGAUACAAACAAAUCGCUGCCUGAAUGCCCUGAAGUUAUUACUUAUCCUUGCUGGCAAUAUCGAGUUAUGCCCCGGACCUGUCGUUAGAUACAGCACCAACGAUACAAACGAGCGUCCACGACUUCGUGGCUUUAAGGUGGCCCAUCUCAACAUGAGAAGCAUGAUAAACAAAAUGGAUACUCUUAGAAGGCUCGUUGAGGAGAAGUCUUUUGAUAUUUUUACCAUCUCGGAAACAUGGCUUAGUCAGUCGAUUUUGGAUUCAGAAGUAAACAUUUCGGGAUAUACGUUGGUUAAGGCAAGAUCGCGACGACCGGUCUGGUGGUGGUACAGUAAUAUUUGUUAG